GGCAGUAUUACAGGGACACAGCCAGGAGGAGCUCAGGGUGCUAAGAAGUGGAGUCUGCUCCUUAAGACAAUGGUGAUGCUACAAUCACAGGCUGAGGAGCCUUGGAUCCCGGCUAACUGCCUGCAAUCAACAUGGCAACUCCCAGUCUGGAGGCACAGCCUGCACCCUGUCUUACACCCAGCAGGCACAUGAGAGGCAUCGGGUUAUGGCGCCGUCCUGCCGAUUCCUGGGAAAAUGAGCAAAUGGAAAAGGGAAUUCCAUUGAAGCCUCGGCUAUAGGAGCAGCGGAGGGGACAGAGCACGGAAUUCCUUUUUUCCUAUUGCACCGGGGAGGUCAGACCAUGUGGAAAGUCAGCUGUUUGGUAACGGGAUUCCUCCUCAUCCUCACAGUCAUCAGCACCCCCGCUGCAGAGCAUUUGUACCGGACAGGGCGCAGGAUCUGCUCGGCCGCUGGGCACCCUGGCACCGUGUCAGUUACUCAGUCCUUUGUCCAGCCGGUACACAGCCCUAUUAUGACUCUGUGUGAGGGGCAUAGGAUCUGCAGUACGUACAGAACGACCUACAAGGUUUCCUACCGUCAAGUCUCCAGGAGAACAUCCUUCCCCCUUUACUCUUGCUGCCCCGGCUGGAGGAGAAUCGAGGCGCCCACUCACAGUUGCGGCCAAGUGCUGUGCCGACUGCCAUGUCAGAAUGGAGGGACAUGCGUCGGUUCUAAUAAGUGUGAAUGUCCAGCUGGAUGGAGAGGGAUCCAUUGCCAGACGGAUGUGGACGAGUGCAGCGACAGAACCCAUCAGUGUUCCCAACUGUGCAUCAACUCUGCUGGAAGCUUCCAAUGCGAAUGUCUUGAAGGCUACCGGCUGAUGGCUGAUGGAAAGGUGUGUGAUAACGUGCCCAAACCCACCGUGCCCCCCGCAUCACCCACAUCAGUACAAGAAUCAGGGGUUCCACAUUCUGUCAAGGAAGAAAUGGCGGAACUGAGGAGCAAGAUAGACGUUCUAGAGCAGAAGCUUCACUUGCUGCUGACUCCGUUUCAGGGUUUAUCCACCUCAUCCCCGGACGAUCGCUCCGACCCCAUCGCUUUACUGACGCACUCCCUCCAGCAGCUCGAUAGGAUCGAUUCAUUGAGUGAGCAGAUCUCCUUCUUAGAAGAAAGGCUGGAGACGUGUUCAUGCAAGACUGAGCUUUGAUUGGCAGCCACACUCCCCCCCCCCAUGGACAAUCACUGAUGUACUGCACUUGGGAGAUCCGAGGAAUGCGGGCGCUUCUCUAUUGGCAUUCCGAGGAUAGAAUCCAUAAUCCGACUGCUACACUUCCAUGUCAUAGAAUGUGACAGGUAACCGCAUUCUGGAUUAUACUUCCACCAAUCCACCAGCGGCUUUUAUAAUAUAUAUGUUCCAACCACCCACAGCUGCAUUUGGCUCAGUAUCACUGACAUUCCCCCCAACACAGGUACAGAGAAUUAACAUGGCGGUUAUUAAGAGUCAAUAAGCCUUAUUAUCAUCGGCCAUAUUUAAUUCUUCAGUAGCAGAAUUUGACUGAGGUUAAACUAGGGAUAAAGUAGACCGUCCCUUUUCUGGAUGAGAUGCAUUUGAUCAGACUUAGAGUAGGUGCACCAAGGAAAAUUGUUAGAAUAGACAUUAAUCAAUAUAUCUAUAAAUAUUUCUACAAAACGGUGUAUAUUGCUUCACUUACUUUCUUGCACACAGGCUGGUUUGUCUUUCAAGCUGAAACUCUUCUGCUCCUUCCAGAGCUAUAGUCACAUGGUCACCACUGAAACAUUUGGCUGGGCUCAGCCCACAAGCAGCAGGGAAAGAUGCCUAGCGACCAUUGUUUACAUUUUACAACCAUUGGGAUUAAAGCAAAUAAGCUUCUUAAACUCUAUUGGUGCAUUAAAGGGGAUGCAGAGUUGUGUAGCCCCUUCUUACAGUGCAAAGCAUAUACAGGCCGGCACUGAGGCUGCUGAGAGUGCUGGGACAUUCUGCAUGGCAGCUACUAGCGAGGCACAGAGUAUAUGCUGUUGUCCCAUAGGAUUUGAUUGAACUACUACAUUGCUAUAUAUAUAUAUAUAUAUAUAAUAUAUAUAUAUAUAUAUAUAUAUAACUGUAUAUGGUACCAGCAGCCGCCUUAUUGCCUAUAUUUUGUAAUGUGUGUUUCUUAGCAGAUUCAUAUAUUUUUGUGUCAACUCACAAUAAAGCAACGUGAAGAAA